AUGCGUCCCGGUCGACUGGGAGCAGCUGCUCAGUUUGCAGAGCUGAACAAAUGGGCAGCAGUCGGUGACGUGCGAGCUGCCCGAACAGCUUUUGAUGAGCUGCGGCCAUGCGUGCCUCCGAAGCGGCAAACCUUCUUGUGGAACACUAUGCUGAAGGCACAUGCCAUUGCCGGUGACAUCAAUGGAGCAUCUGCUCACUUUUCCGCCAUGCGCUCCCAGAGGGUGGCAGUGACAAGCCGGACCUUGGGGAAGUUAAUCAGGUGCGCUGCAGAGGCCCGGCGGCCGGAGCAGGCGGUGCAGUUCCUGGAGCAAGGUUCAGGACAAGGGGUGUGUGAAAGCUUGAUAGCCUACACCUCCGUGGUCGAUGCAUUUGCGAAGGCAGGGCAGCCUGCAGAGGCAGAAGCGUGGCUCAGGCAAAUGAAGUCAAAAGGCCUGCGCCCAGACGCGGUGGUCUUCUCUGCGGUUUGCAUGGGCUACUCGCGCCUGGGGCAGGGGGCGGAGGCGGCGCGCUGCCUGGAGAUGAUGCUGGCAGAAGGCCACGGCGCCAGCACCGAGACCGUGGGCGCCGUGGCCAGCGCCUGGGCCCGCGCCGGCGAGGCGCAGAAGGCGGCCGCGUGGCUGCGGGAGAUGGGCAAGAUGCAGUUGCAGCCCUCUUCAGAGACUCUGGCUGCUGUCCUCGCUGGCUGCUCCAAGAGCGAUCCCCAGACUUGCCUGGCCUUGGGUGAAAGCAAUAGUGGUGGACGAACCGUGGCUUUUGGCGCCUUGGAAGCGCCUUCGCAGCAUCUCCACAGUGCGCUGGUCGCCGCUUCUGCCAGAAGUGGUGAUCUGCAGCAGGCCGAAGCCAAGCUACAGGAAAUGGAGCAGUCAAAGCUGCAGCCCAAUCUCAUUACAUACACUUCUCUGAUCGAUGGCUGCGCGCGGCGUGGGGAUGCCGCUGGUGCUGUGCGUUGGCUGCAGGAGCUGCGGCAACGAGGUUUGUCCCCAAACACUGUCACUUACACUUCGCUGAUCAAGUGCUCUGCAAAGUUUGGUGACCUGCCUGGUGCUGUGCGCUGGCUUCAAGAAAUGACAAGCAAUGAGCUGACACCUGAUGCUAUGGCCUACACAGCCGUGAUCCACUGCAGUGCCAAGAAGGGUAACGUGGAUGAUGCCACGGCUUGGUUCAAAAGGAUGCUUGAGAAUGGCCUGAAGGCUGACUACGUCACCUACACUGCGCUCAUCAACGCCUGUGCGAAGCGCAGCGACGUGACUGGGGCAACGGCCUGGCUGCGGGAGAUCCUGGACCAGCAGCUGCAGCCGAACGUGGUGGCCUUCUCUGCCGCGCUCAAGGCAAGAUGGGGCAAGCACAUCACAGGAAUUCCUUGUGGCUUGCAGGGCCCGACCCAGAGGGCAGUGGCCUGCUGCCACAGCCGCAGCUUCCAACGCCUCAUGGCCAAGCGGUCAUCAACCGAGCCGCUUGGAGACCUGGGGCUCGAGGACGGCCGCUGCGAAAACCUCUUUCAGCUGGAGAAGUUGGAUUCAGAGAGGCUCUGCCACAAAGCCUGCGCGGAAGAUCCUCGCUGCCCCUUAGCCCGGCAUUUUGGGCUUUUUGGCCAUGAGAAACGCCCGGUGUGGCAAUUCAGCGCGCGGGGUUGUUGGAUCGGCUUUGGCAUCGACUGCGAGCGUCCGGGCGGCAGCUUCGAGGCGGGCGUGGCGGCGCAGCGCCUGCUGCAUGGCUCGGUGUACGUCGUGGGGGAGCUGGUGGGGGUGAAGCUGGAGAACCUCUUCAGACUGGAGCCUGAAGCAUUUGAUUCCUUGAGCAUUGAGCGAUGCAAAGCGUGGUGCUACUCGAGCAUUGCAUGCCAGUAUUGGCAAUUCUCUGAAACUCAAGGCUGCUUCGUGGAUGCGCCAAUGCUCAGCAAGACGCUUGUGCCAUAUCCACUAACUACUGCAGCACUGGCGAGCGGAACUCCUGAGUCAAGCAACAUGAUCGCAGGUGAGUACAUCCACCACUACUGCCCAAACAGAACCGCUUCAGAUGUCGACGAUGGUUUCGCUGCGCAGGUGCCGGCAAAUCUAGCAGUUCCGACGCAUUUGGAUGGACCACGUGUGUGGCCCUGGGUUGUUCUCAGCCUUCUUCUCACACUCGUGCUGAUGAUUGCGGCUUUUGCCUUCUACUCUGUCAUAUGGAAGCGCCGUGACACUGCCCGACGCCCGCUUGCACGCCGGGCCAUGGACGAGACUGUUGCAGAUGCGCGGCCAAAUGUGCAGUUCACCCCUGUGCAGGUUGCGCCUGUGCAAGCGGCGCCUUCGCCGGCGUGUGCGCGUGCGACAGAUGCCCUCCAGGCGCAGCAGCUGCUGAAGGAUAUGGCGAGACACGCUGUACAGCCCAACGUCAUCUCCUACACCUCUGCGAUUGAGGUUUGUGCUAAGAGCUGGCCAAGGCAGAAGGAGGAGGCGGAGAGCCUUUUCCGGGAACUGCUGCGGAAGGGUGUCCAGCCCGACACGAAACUGAUGCGCACAAUGAUGCGGGCAGUCGGCAUGACCCAUUGCAUGGAGCUCUGUCGUGAACUGGGAGUAGUGGAUGCCGCGGUGGACGCCCUGGCAGCUUCAUUUCCUGGCGCGGGCGCAGAAAAAGCCUAA